AUGGGCACUUCAAGACGCACGCACUCUUUCGGCGGAUGCAAGACGUGUCGAAAAAGGCAUCUCAAAUGCGAUCAGAGUCUGCCACGCUGCAAACGAUGUCGUCAGGCUGGUUUGACGUGUGAAGGGUUCACGCCUGCGCUUAGAUGGUUGGUUUCUACAGGACGGGAAGUUUAUGAUAGACAGCCGCCUCAAACAGCGGAAGUUGGGGCGGAACAAUAUUCUAGGCGACAUUUGUUCACUGAGGCGGAUAGAGAGCUCAUGAGCAAUGCGCUCCUCACCAACGUUCCGUCUACAGUAACAGCUGCAUUGAAUCAAAUUGAUGAACAGUCAAAGGGUCUUGAUGAUGCAGCGAGUAUCUGCGAAGUCGGACCGUUCCAGGUCUUCAAGUUUGAGUCGGCCCAGACUAUCUCAGACCAUGUCUCCUUCAAUGAUAUGGAGCUUGAUAGUUUGAGUGAACCCCAAACACAAGCCUUCUCAGAGCCCGUUGAUAAUAUUUCGGAUGCGAUGGUCGACGAGACGAUUGUUCCCAAUGAUUUCUCGACAACGUCGCUAGACUUUCUGCAUUGGGGUGAUUUAUUCACUUGGGAUGUUAGUGUGCUGGAUAAUCCGCCUCAACUACCCUACGAAAACUUCGAUACGCUACCAAUGUGGCCUAACGAAUCAUUCUCUGAAUCUUUGGAUACGAUGAUUCCAUUUGAGGAUGACGUUGCUUGGCCACAGCUAGAUCUUAUGAUCGAUGCACCACUCCUCCUAAAGCACUUCAACGACGAUGUCAUCAGCCAAAUGGGAUCGCUACCCAUCAAUGAGAAAUCUGCUUGGAGGACAUUACAUUAUCCGUCUGCUAUCAUGACGCUGAGCGAGCUGACGAUGUUGGAUGUGAACAAGGAUCAGAUCAAGCGUGCGAAUCUGUCUACGUUUUACGCUCUCAUCGCUGUAUCUUCAUUCCAUCUUUCACUGAACUCUAUUACGUUCCCUAGUCUUGCACGGGCGGGAGAUCAUUGGAAGGCAUUGUCAAGUCGAACAUAUGAAGCUGCAAAGCAACAUCUGAAAGUCAGUCUUGAGAAGGAAUCGCAGCCUGGGCCGCAUAAGGCGAAAUACAAGGAGCAGCUGAUGGGCAUAAGCGCCGUCUUAGCAACAGCACUUCUUUCGGGCAACGAAACAGAUACCCGCUGGUGUCUCACCGAAAUGGAACGUCUAAUAAGCUGGCGCGGCCUCACAAAACCCAGCAUCUCCCGCCGCGCCCGUCUUCUCCACAACAUCUACGCCUGGAUGCGUAUCGUCUCCGAAAGUCUAAACGUCUACCGCGACGAAAACCACGCUAUAGAAACACCCUUCACCCUUCCCAACACAACCAACAAGUCCGCUACCGUCCCCGUACAGUCUAUAAAUCCCGACAUAACCCUCGACAACUUUCUCCAUCUCGAACCGCGCAAGAAGACGCGGAGGGAUAUAAAGGAUAUUCAUCUUGCGGAUACCUCGCAGGAUCAUGAGAAUAUGUACAUGCAGAUCUACGGUGUGCCGGAGACGUGGCUUAGUCUUGUUUCGCAGAUUACGAGACUUGCGAAUGCUAUGGAUCGGUUGUCUGCGAGGAAGAAGGGUGAUGCGGAAGCGCUUAUGGCGCUGCAGCCUAGAGCUUCGUAUCUUGAGAACGCAGCGAAUCCGCAACGUAAACCCCCUCGUUCUCCAAGACAGCGUAAACGACGUGGUCAAUUCGCUCCACGCAUUCGACGAAGCGCUCGAGCGAAAUAA